AGCGCAUCCGUCCUCAAUCGUCGACAUAACCUGCAAAAAUAACUACAAGUUAAAUGAAAUCAACUUUAAUAUACAAAAUAUAGCAUCAGCGGUAAAGACAUCAAAAGCUAACGGUAGUUGUGGGAUAGAUGAUAUACCAUCUGUCAUAUACAAAAACGGUGGCACGGAUAUGAUGGUACUAUUACUUAGAAUAUUCACCCUCUCACUAGUGACUGGGACCUACCCUGGAACUUGGAAAAGCACGUAUAUACUACCUAAGCAUAAAGGAGGGGCCAAAACUACUGCCUGUAAUUAUAAGCCUAUCAAUAUAACACCUGUCAUAUCACGGAUCAUGGAGAAAGUAAUCAAAGACCAAAUAUCAGACUACUUUCUAACACACAAACUCAUCAACCAGUCACAACACGGAUUCCUUAAGAAAAGAUCUUGCGUCACUUGCCACACAGAAUUUUUCAACGAAGUCACCUAUAGAAGAGAUAGGAGAGAACUAGUAAUUGUCCUUUAUUUUGAUAUAAGGAAAGCCUUCGACAGAGUCCAACAUAGUCUGUUAGUCAGCAGGCUAUGCUCACUAGGGAUACGCAACCCCCUCCACAACUGGAUAAAAUCAUUUCUCAAUGACAGAAAUCAGUCAACAAAAAUCGGCUCGAUGACCUCCAGGCCUAGGCCUAUUAGCAGUGGUGUCAUCCAGGGGAGUGUAUUGGGACCCCUUCUUUUCAUUAUAUACAUAAACAGUAUAUGUGAGUGCUUUAGUAUAGGUAAGCCAAUACUGUAUGCAGAUGACUUAAAGGUGACAUAUACCUGCACAAAUACAGAUAUCGGUACAACUAUGAACUCCAUACAUGAAGAAUUAACAAAAAUGGAUAUAUGGUGUGACACCUGGAGACUUGAGUUUAAUGUCGAAAAGUGUGGCUGGCUCUGCAUAGGCUGUCCCAACCUAAAAGUCAACCUAGCAAUUCAGGGCCACAAAAUCCCCAGACUCAAAUCUGUGCUAGACCCAGGACUGAAAUAUUCACACAAUCUAUCAUUUUCUGAGCAUAUCUCGAAACAAGUAUGGAGAUCAUGCAGGCUUAUUGGUUUCCUACUCAGGAACUUCUACAGAAGUGAAUCCAGAAUACUACUGUACAAGGUUUGUGUGCGCCCACUCCUAGACUAUUGUUCAUUCAUAUUUAGUAGUACACGCAUAAAAGACAAACUAAAAGUGGAAGGAGUACAGAGGUACUUCACGCUAAAAGUACUCGGAACCGAAAACGGCACAAACUACUCUACCAAAUGUGAAAUUCUAGGACUAGAAACAUUAUGGUUAGGACGACUGCGACUAAAUCUGGUACUCUUCUAUAAGCUUCUUAACCACAUAGUGUAUACCCCUACUAAUUGUACUAGGUUUUCAGAAGACACUGGAUAUAACCUUAGACACACUAAAGGUACGGUUGCUAUAGAACAAUGUAAAACAGCCACCAGGCAAAAGUUUUUCAUGAUUAGGUAUGCCCAAAUAUGGAGCGAACUACCUAAGGAAAUGCGACUAGCAAGGUCACCAGUGUCCUUCGAAAAGGCACUUAAUGACACACUAAGUGAGUUUGCAAGUGAUACCAGUGCUAAUUCCCAUGUAAGAGCUUCAGAAAUUAUAGGCCCAUUUAAUGUAUGAACCUAGAGAAUACACCUGUUGUUUCAUUUGCAUUUACCUAUAAUUUCAGGCAAAAAAGCAACAGUCAUGAAAAUAACACCCAUACAAACGAGAGUCGAUCGAAUUAUGUCUACCUGAUACAAAGCGUGAACCAUAACCAACAUACGAAUGAAAUAUGAGAAAACCAGGUCGACACUUACCACAACAUCAAAUGGAACGAAA